GUCUUUAUUAAUGAGGGUUGCCUUGCCUUCAAUUGAAGUAAGCACAAAAAGAGAAGUAGCUGAACCUAACAACCACCAACAAAUAAUCAGAUGUGUUUGGGUUCGGGUUUGAGCUUAUGAGCAAAGAAUGGCUAGAGCUGGAGGAAUAACAAACGCAGUGAAUGUCGGAAUUGCUGUUCAAGCUGAUUGGGAAAAUCGUGAGUUUAUUUCUCACAUUUCUCUCAACGUUCGUCGCCUUUUCGAAUUCCUUGUCCAAUUUGAGGCUACAACAAAGAGCAAAUUAGCUUCACUAAAUGAGAAGCUUGACACGCUGGAGCGUCGUUUAGAAUUGCUUGAAGUCCAAGUGGGUACUGCAUCAGCAAAUCCACAUCUUUUCACCACCUGAUGCCUCUAAUUAUGUGAUUGUAGAAAAGAAACUUCCAUGUAAGCGUCUUCUUUUGUGUUGUGAAUGGAUUUCUUGGUCUCUGAUGCAAUUGUGAAGUAUUAUAUCCCUCUAUUACAUGUGAUUCAGUUUAUCCUGAUUUGGUGUAACAGAAAUUUGUAUUGAUUUGUGUUACCAUUUUGUGGAUGUAAUACAUAUUAGUUGAUGUA